AUGUCAUUUGUGAAUCAAUUAUCUACUGUAUCUAUUCCUAACAGUGUGCAGGAAGCCUUAUCUGAUCCAAAAUGGAAAGUUGCUAUGAAUGAGGAAAUAAAAUCAUUACAGAAGAAUGAGACUUGGGAACUUGUUGAUUGUCCACCCGGAAAAAAGACUGUUGGAUGUCGAUGGGUUUACACUGUGAAGUAUAAAGCUGAUGGAGGUAAUCUAGUCACGUGGAGAAGCAAGAAACAGAAUGUUGUGGCAUGCUCAAGCGCUGAAGCAGAAUUUAGGGGAAUGGCACUUGGGAUUUGUGAAGCUUUGUGGCUAAGAUUUCUACUACAAGAUUUGGGUUAUCAACCUAAUCAACCAAUCCAGUUAUAUUGUGACAAUAAAGCAACAUGUGGCAUUGCUCACAAUCCAGUUCAACAUGAUCGUACGAAGCACGUUAAAGUAGAUAGACUUUUCAUCAAAGAAAAACUGGAUGAAAAGAUUAUUGAACUACCCAAGAUUCGAUCAGAGGAUCAAUUGGCCGAUAUUCUUACGAAGGCUGUCUCCAAACGUAUUUUCUCACAAGUGUUAGACAAGUUGGGCAUCAUUCAGUUUCAAAGGGGGCUAGUACUGAGACUACUUGAGGCCAUAUCAGAGAGUUUAGCCCUUCAAAGAGAUUAUAUAGACAAAUCAUUAGGCACACAUGCCCAACACAUGGCUUUGAACUAUUAUCCACCAUGUCCACAACCAGAGCUAACUUAUGGAUUUCCUGGACAUACUGAUCCUAAUGUAAUCACUGUUCUUCUUCAAGAUGAUGUGCCUGGCCUUCAGGUUCUCAGGAAUGACAAAUGGGUUGCUGUCAAUCCUAUCCCCAACACUUUUAUUAUCAAUGAUUACUCACUUAAUGACAUGGUACUCAGCAAUGAUCGGUACCAGAGUGUGCUUCAUCGAGCUGUGGUGAGCUGUGACAAGGAGCGCAUAUCCAUUCCAACUUUUUAUUGUCCAUCGCCAGAUGCUUUAAUAGGUCCCGCCAAGGAGUUAAUCGACCAUAACCACCCGGCUGCCUAUACAGACUUUACAUAUGCUGAAUACUAUGAGAAAUUCUGGAAGAGGGGACUUGAAACUGAAUGUUGCUUGGACAUGUUCAAAACCUCUACUACUGCUUCAUCCUUUUAAUCAACCACAGACACACUAGGUGUUUGUGGAGAGAUAAUUUCACACCUCAAUUCUAUCUUUUGAGGCUUUGAAGUUGACAGUUAAGAUAUAUUAUUUUAGUAAUUAUUCUUAUUAACAAUCUAGAUAGGUCAUACUCAAAAUUUCCCGAAUAAUAUACUUAAAAAUCUUAAUUGAUCGUUAUGCCACUUAAUGGCUGUUGUGGAAAAAUAAUUUCACCACCAUUAAAAUUAUUGAUUAUAUUUCAUCUGUACUCAAGUUUAAUGUUAUGUAAUUUUAAUUUAGAUGAGUGUCAGGAAUUAUUUUUAUGUGGUGCUAGACUGCUAGUAAUACCGUAACUCAGUUAUGGUAUUCAGUAUUGAGAGGUAAAACUACUUAUCCUCUAUCUUAAAA